CCGGUGAAUCCAGCCGCAGUCGUCCCGUCGGCACGCAUCGCGAACGCCAGUGCGGUUCUUGCCUGUCAGCCUCCAUUGCUUAUUUGUUCCCGCGCCCGGGAACUUGCAUCUUUCGUGACUCCGAAACCCCGCACGGCCUAAAACUGUACGCCAACAUGAUGGCCCAGUCGUACCAGGUUACGCCUGGGGUCCUCAAAACAGUAAUACAGCCGGGCAUAGGACCUCGGCCAAACGUCGGCGACAGCAUCACCGUCCACUGCACCGGCCUGCUCACAAAUCCGCCCAGGAAAUUCUGGAGCACCCGUGACCCUGGGCAGCAACCAUUCUCCUUCCGUGUGGGAGUUGGCGAAGUGAUCCGCGGCUGGGAUGAAGGCUGCCUGUCCAUGCAGAAGCACGAGCUGUCGCGCCUCACCAUCUGCGGCCUCAAGGCAUACGGCGCUCAGGGAUUUCCAGCAUGGGGGAUCCCACCGAAUGCAGACCUGCAGUUCGAGAUCCAGAUUUUGGCCAUCAACGGCAUGUGAGGAAGCUAGCAGAGAUCAAGGGACAAUUGUCGUUGCCAUCUCUAUCUGUACGUUUCACCAUGGGACUCUGUAAGCACCGGCCCCCUGUUUGUGGUAUGCAUUAAACUUGCUGAUGAACUGUGCAA